AUGGCCCUUAAAUACCCCGAAUUUGAGCCUCGUGGAGACAGCCUACGGCGAUGGAUGGAGAAAUCCGAUGAACCUGGAUGUCCGAUUCCUAGGACCGAAUUUACUCUCCCAGAUAGGGAUGAUCCCCGACGGCAUUCUCACACUGUUCAGGAGGAUCUAACACAAGAAUGGAGCUCCUGGGCUAAAAGCAUUGGCUUGCCAGUUGAUGCAGUGGACGGCGACCCAAAACCUAGUUACUAUACGCAGUCAAUCGUCAAGACAGGUCUGGGUAGGUUGACGUAUUGGCUUGGGCGAACGGGACCAGGCGUGAUCUUCAUUGACAAUAUCAUGCGAGUUCCCGAUAGCACAGAUCCACACAUAUCCGAGUACACCCAGGCGUUCUAUGAGAUGAAUUUCCCCUUGGAGAGCUUGAAACACGUUGUCGUCACUACCAUAGUUCAGUCUCAAACCAUGGAUCUUGUCGAACAGAUUUACGAGGCGCAUCCCGAUAAUCUUUUCCCUGCUGAAAGUCCACAAACUUGGGAGUCUCCUUCGCCAGAGUUUUGCGCCAUUCUUGGUACCCCUCUUGGUAAGGUCGUAGGUGCGUUUGUCCUGGGUGCUUAUGGCCAGGGCGUCAAGCGGAUUGCGCGAAUUGUGAGCUUCCAUACUGGCUCAGACUUUGAUAUCUUCAACCUACAGUUUGAUAUUGAGGAUGUUUGA